AUGAAACUGAUUGUCUCACAGACCUUCACAAUGUGGGCAUACUUUGGCGUACGUAUUCUCCUUCUUGUAGCAACUGCUACACUGAAUUCAGAGAUUGCAAGAGCACAGAGAGGAAAAGAUGCCACCAGAGAAGACGUCUAUCCCCCUCUGUGGGAUUCUGCCCCUGAAAACCUACUGGAUUACCCAGUAGAAGGCAACAAAAUUGUCAUCAAUGCUUGGAACUACCGAGAACGACUGGGAGUGUAUAAGAAUUUGCUAAACUCUUCAGCCAAAUAUUUUACUGCUUUUGGAUCCCAAAAUUCUGGCAAUAUACUCUGGGGAUUGCCAUUGCAGCACGGCUGGCAAUUUCACACAGGCAGAUUAGCAGAUCCUUCCAGUGUGACUUCCUGUGGCUAUGAAGCUGGAGACCUUCUGUGCAUAUCUGUAAGAAGCUGGUGGGCCUGUAUGAAUUACUACCUGGCUAUUAUACCUUUUCUGAGUGCAGUGGAAGCUGGCCUCUUUGGAGAGUUGCCAUAUGAGAUAGAAAUAUUACCACCAGAGGAGCAAAGAGCUGAUUUUUGUUAUAGUGUUGCUGACUGCCGUUCUCGCAUUCCCAAGCUCAUGGAUGAGUGGAAGGCCUAUUUUGAAUAUCUAUUAUCUACAGAGCAAAAAGCUGCGAACCCUACAACACAAUCCUCUUUCAAACUGGAUGAUGCCCUCAGUCACAUGUGGAAGGCGCACACGUUAUCCAUUGCUUACGCUUUACCCAAGUUCCAGGACAGUUUAAAAUAUCUCUCUGAUCCAGAAGCAAAUUUUGGAGAAGACUGGGCUAAUGGUGUGGAUUUCAUUGCAGCCACGCAUUUCUCUACAGACUUGCAGAAUAUAAACGACUUCCAGGCUUUCCUGCCCCAGAGGAUUCUUGCUGAAGGGGAUGUUUUCCCAUUCAUUACUGACUUCAGUCCGCAACAAAACAAAGUCUUGCUUUCUCUGAGUGCUCUUCACAAGACAAAUGAAUUAACAGGAGGAUUGCUGCUGAAGCUCUGGCAAAAGGCUAUGUCUACUGAAGCAGGAAGAGAAGUGGGCCGAAAACUGAUUGAAGACUUGGUUAUGAGCCGAAGUUUUAAUCAAUGGGAAUAUAUAAUGAUCUGA